UCUCAGAAACAGUUUGCAGAACAGCAGCUAUUUGAAUUCAGAGUUUUCUUUCCUAGAUGGAUUGCUGUACCCAGCUAACCAGCCACAUCUGUCCUAAGUCCGAACAUGGAAUUUAUGACUUAGCCUUUACUAGUUCUCCUUUACUUUUAGCUUUUAAAGAUUUAGACGAGGAAGCAACUGAUGGAAUAGUAAAUUAUGUUGAAAGUAAUGGAGUUACUGCAUUAAUGAAAGCCUCUGCUUUCGGAGACACUGAAUGUGUAGAACAACUUUUAAAAAUUGGAGCUGAAGUAAACCAAGUGGACUCCAUUGGCCGUACUUCUCUAAUGUUUGCAUCUGAAAAUGGACACUGUGAAAUUAUAACAAAACUUAUAGAAUAUAAAGCUUUAGUAAAUCAAGUAAAUAGCAAUGGACAUACCGCAUUAAUGUUAGCCUCGGCAAAUGGACAUCAAAAUGCUGUUGAACUUUUGGUAGAACAAAGUAAUAUAAAUGCAGUUGACAAAAAAAUAAGGACUGCUUUAAUGAUAGCAUCUGAAUAUGGCAAAGACAAAAUUGUUGCUGCUUUAAUUAAGAAACAAUGUCAAAUACAUACAUCUGAUUUUGAUGGGUGGAAUGCUUUAAUGUUAGCGUCCGCUAACGGACACACUGAAGUCGUAGAUAUUCUAUUAAAACACGGGGCGGAAAUAAAUAAAAUUGAAGGUGAUGGCUGGAGCUCCCUCAUGUUGGCCUCUCAUAAGGGAUACUGGGACGUUGUAAACCUACUAAUACAAAAAAACGCAAAAAUAAACGCAGCUCAGUGUAAAGGGUGGACUGCAUUAAUGUUAGCCUCCAGACAUGGACACAUUAAAGUUGUUGAACUCCUAACUGAGAAUAAAGCUGAUGUAAAUAUAGUAGACUGUAACGGAUGGAGUGCAUUAAUAUUAGCCACAAAAUAUGGACACACAGAGAUAGUUCAACAUUUAAUAAACAUAAAAGAUAUCAAACUAAACGCUGUUAACAAUGAAGGGUACAGUGCUUUAAUUAUAGCAUCACAAGUCGGACAUGAUAAAAUAGUAGAAAUGUUAAUAAAGCGCGGAAGUAAUGUUGCAAGCACUGAAAAAAACGGUAUGACAGCAUUAAUGGUUGCUUCUUCAUACGGAAGAGAAAAAGUUGUCUCGCUUCUAAUAAAUGGCGUGCAUUAA